CCUUCGCCCCAGUCCAAAACCCGGGAUCUCAUCUCACCUAUCCGACGUGGCAUUUCCCCUUACAAACCCCUCUCAAUAUUCAAAUCACUACAAGAAGCUACCAACCGUCCACCUAUUCUGUUUUCUUCCCAUGGAUUCUCUCUUCCUCUUGCCUGGAGAUCUUCCCUUCUCGUCCCCUCUCAAGAAGCUGCCUCUCUCCUUCAUUCCCAUCAUUUCCGCUCCCUCUCUCCAUAAAUCUCAUUUCACCCUCCUCGUUCAUCUCAAUAUCUAGAAUCUCUCUCUCUCUCUCUCUCUCUCUCUCUCUCUCUCCCAUAACUCCUACGUUUACUUCACGAUCUAUGCCGCUUCUGGAAUUUCUCCUCUUUCCUCUGCACUUGCAGUAGAGAUCUGCAAAGCAGCUCAGUUUCUCAGGUCUCUGAUUUUGUAUUAAUGGCGGUUGUAAGCUCUGCGGCUCUUCUCCGCAGAUCUUUAAAGAUCUCAUAAAGCGAAGAGAAUCACUGUGGAGUUCUUCCUUUUGAUUUCCAUUUUUUUCACCGGAUCUUGAUUUCUCAAGCCAUGGCUUCGUCCCAUGGAGCGAGACCUGUACUGCUGAAGGAUUUUCUGCGCGACGAUCAGCAUUCAUCGGACGACGACGAUUUCCUCUCUUUUCCGAGGCGGUCUGAUACGACCGUUAGAAAGCUUCUGGAAAUCGAUCUCAGUGCUGGAGAUCUGAACAGCGUGAGGCGAUUGCGCAGGAGCCGAUCGAAGGCGGCGGCUUCUACGGCGAUAUCGGCAUUCCAAAAGGCGUCUGAAGCUGUUAUAAACGCCGUCAAGUUGCUUCCGUUUUCCUCCGUUAAGUCUCCGUCGUCGUCCCGCCCGAAACAGAAGCUGAGAAGAAGCUUCUGGAAGAAUAACGAGAGAGAAGUGCGGGAAAUCAGAGGUAGGGUUAGAGUCCGAGACAUCGUACGGUGGAGAUCCUUCGGUGAUGAAGAAGGGAAGAAGAAGAACAAGAAACCGUUGGAUUUCACCUUCCCUUCUUCCACCAACACCAUAACCACCACCACCAGCAGCCACAGCAGCUGGUCGGAGAGCGAUUUCACGUCCGAUUUCGUACGAUCUUCUAGUGGCAGUUCAGUAUAUUCGGCCGAAAACGAGGGGUAUGAUGGUAAAAAGCACUCGGCGGAGAUAAGCCGCAGCACAAAGCGAGGCGGUGUCGGUGAGGAUUCGAUGGAGACAGCCACCUGCUACGGAGAACGUAAGGGAGCGGAGGGCGAAGGAGGAUCAGAAAGCCCGUACGAGGAGAAGGAACAGCUGAGCCCCGUUUCCGUGUUGGAUUUCCCAUGUGAAGACGAGGAGACCCCGUCCUCGUCCUCGUCCUCGUCUUUCCAGCAGAGCUUGGCGAACAUGGAAAGGACAAAGCAGCAGCUUCUGCAGAAGAUUCGACGCUUCGAGUGCCUCGCUGAACUAGAACCCGUCGAUCUAGUGAAAAGGAUCGCUCAAUCCGAGCUGGAAGACGACGACGAUGACGAUGAAGAAGAAGAAGAAGAAGAAGACAAAUUGAUGGAUCUGCUCAAGCAUUUCAAAGCUAGCUACGGAGAAAGCCAAAAAACGAAUAUCGACAGGUUUCUGAUAGAUUUCUUUCGGGAAGGAUUGUCGAUGCAAGAAAGAGAGGAUGAUGAGGUUGAGAAGGAACUAUUGAGGGCUGCAAGCAAUUGGAUGAAUGGGCUCGGGGCGAUCAUCUGGGGGGUGCAGGAUACCAGGGAGGAGCACCUUAAGGAAAUAGAGAGAGGCGGGAGGUGGAGGAAGUUCGACGAGGGAAAAGGGGAGCUGGUGGUGGAGCUGGAGGUUGGGGUCUUAUCUUCUUUGGUGGAAGAGUUGAUGCUUGAUCUUCUCUCUUGAUAUAUCUACGUGCCGGAUUGACAGAAAUACCCUUGAAGAUGGCCUCCUUUGUGAGGUGGCACACUGUCAUAUUAGUGAAAAUUCCGGGUGGUUUUCGUCAUUAGGUAAAGCAUGGCCAGAUUGAGACCCAAACCACCUUGAAUUUCGAAGAGAAAAUGCUUCAUAGGAUCGGGAAUUUUAGAAAUAUUUAGGGGUACUUUCGUCAUCUGAAUGUGGGGAAAAUAUGAUCGCCACGUGUAAGAGCAUGGGAACUAACAAGUAGCGUGCCCUCCCACACGGGUGCUAUGGCUAGGCAGAAGGCAGCGACUCGUGCCUCUACCAAGAAUAUGUGUAUAAAUAUUAUAAUAAGCUUUUAUUUAUUUAUUUAUUCUCCAA